UUCACUUGUAAAAAUCAGAGAGAAAAAGACCAGAGAGAUGAAUCGAAUAAAACCUGAGUUUAUGAAGAAACUGACCAAGUUCAUAGUGAUUUCGAUAUGGGUUUCAUCUCUUUUAAUCACUCACAACUUCUAUUUAUGUAAACUCACAAUUCAACUCGUAACACACGCGGUAGAUAAGAUGUACAUGUUUCUCGUCUGCAAUGGUCUCUUAGUGUUUGUCGCUAAGUACUCUGGUUUAAUAUCUUCAUCAAAACCUGUAGAGGAAAGCUGGAGCAACACCGAUCAAACCUUUGAUCACAGAGACUUUGAUAGUUACGAUGCGACGUUGGAGCUAGAGUACUACUCUGAUCAUGAUAGAGGAACAAUGACUUUUCUUGCAGAGGAAGUUAGUACACAAGACCAAGAAACCGAAGAAGAGAAGGAAGAUGAAGAUGAAGAUGAAGAAUCUGAAGAGACAUUAGAAACUAAUGGUGGUCUAGAGGAAGAGUGUGAUAUUCAAGGCAAAUUUAAAGAAGAGGAAGAUAAUGUGGGAGUGGUGAUGGAGGAAGAUAUGAACAAGAAGUUCGAUGAGUUCAUUAGAAAGAUGAAGGAAGAGCUUAGACUCGAAGCUAAACAGCAUCUAAUCCUUGUUUGAUUUCUUAUUAAUUAGCUAUGUUUAAGCUUAAUUAGGCGUGCGCAAUAAGUUCUCAGAGAGCGAAGUUUUUUCUAGCCUCUUCUUCACGUCACGUGUACUUUUUAGCAUCUAUUUUAAUGGAAUCUUGUUUUAUACA